AUGCGGCGCGCGGCGUGCGGCGACGUGUGCCCGCCCGCGCCCCGCCCGCCCUCCAAAUCAUCGGAAAAUAAAGAACUACUACGACAACAGUUGUUGUCCGCGAGCAAGGAAAGAAACCUUGAAAAGUCGGAGCCCGCUAAAGUGAAGCACACGAGGAGCCGACAGAAAAAUCGGUGGAAGUUGAAGUUCCACCACCAGGCCCUGCCCCAGGAGUACCUCGACCACUACGAGCAGAGCUUGCAGAAGGCCAAUAUUAAAAAAAAAUCUUCAGAAAAGCCUAAAGAACAAAACGUAGACAACAAUUUCACAAACGAAUCUUUUAAAAUCUGGGCGCAAAGAUUAGCCGGAGUGCAAAAUGAAACCGGAACAUUAACAGUUCCACAGACACCACUUCUCAAUAUGGCCGCUAAAAGUAAAGAAGAAAAGAAAAAGAAAAGUCCAGCAAUCACGCCCAGCAAAAUCAUGACUUAUGAAGAUUUACCGUAUAUGGGAGAAAUGACUUUAAAUAAUUCGAAACCCAGACGUGGUAGAAAACCUAAAAAGGCUGAUAUUUGCCACCUGAUUUACGAAAACUACGGUACAGUGGUGCCUGGACAACCACCUCCUCAAGACAAAGUGAACAUGAGUCCGUUUAGAAGUACAGAUCUACCAUUCAGUACGCCCAAAACCGACUUGCAAAAUAAAAUCAUUUCAAGUCUUCUAGAAAGAAAACUUUCACAGGAGCAAAAGAGAAAACUAGAAAAUCCGUCCCCGCCUAGAUUCUGUAGUCCAGACGAGCCUAUGCCUGAAGCGCCAAUAACAACGGCGGGCCCAUUACAUAGCGACGAUGAACCGUUAAAUCUCUGUAUACGAGAUUUGCACGAUUUGAAAUUGCAAAUACAAAAAAAGUUUGGCAACAUUUACACUUCAAUGCCAGAAGUGAAGAUUGAGCUCGAGGAUAGUUCAGAACAAGAAAGUGUGAAAAGUGAGCAACCUAACGCCAUUUCAGUAAUACAAAGGAACACCAACUUGCCCGCCACCGCCAGCAGCUCGCCAGACCUGUCGCGCCAGACUAGAAAUAUUUCACCAGCUUUGUCCGAACCUGCUCAAUCCACUUCUCAUCCUGAAGAUGAGAAGUUCCCCGGAUACAUCUACUGGCCUAAUGCAGGCAUAUAUAUGCAUCCACUAGCGUUACAAACGCAACUGCUAUAUUAUCAAAGGCUAGCAGCUUCCGGGCAGUUACCUUUCUCACCCGAAGAUCGGGAGAAAAUAUCUCCAAAUUCUGAGAACAACGAUACGUUACCAGAGGAUGGUAAAAGUAAAUUAGUACUUAAACAAAUUUCCGAAUUAUUGGACCCUAAAGUUAUAAAGCAAGUUGAGGAGACCAAGAGCCCAGAACUAAGCAAAAAGAGAGUAUCACCCAUUCCCGCCCAAGGUCCCGUGAAAAGGAAACGAUCGGCAAUAUUUAUUCCUCCCAUGCCGGCCAAAACCAAUACGACCACGCCCACCACCGAAGUUAGCAUUUGUAAGUUCAAGUUCACAGGCGGCUCCAAGCCAUCGUUACAAGAGAAGAAAAUGCUGUCAGUAGACUCUGGGGGGAAUUUUAGAUAUUAUAGUGGCACAGGGGGCAAGGGCAACAAGGGCUACGAAUAUCUACAAAAAGACUUAAGCCAAGAAAAAACCGAAGUGGGAACGUCGUUACCAAAAAUCGACACACAAAAGGAAGAUUUAAGCAAAAAGAAGAGGAAAUCAAGAAAGACGUUGCAAAGGGAGAAGUUGGAGCAAACGUUCAAAGAGAAGGGGUUUCUGAUCCAGACGCAGCAGCUGCAAUCGGCAGAGGGCGCCACGUACUGCAAAUUCCGGCAGCUGCGGAAGUUCACCCGCUACCUGUUCCGCAGCUGGAAGGACUACCUGCCGGGAGAGCUGGACGCCGCGCCCGCGCCCGCCACCCCCGCGCCCGCGCACUGGGCG